AUGUCCCUGUUUGGUUCGUCACCGAGUGAGGGCAGCCCAGAGCUGGCCCCAUCCAGUGGUCCAGCUCGUCGCGGCGGUGCUGGGCUCUUUGACGAUGAUUCCGCAUCCAAGCCGUCUGGCAGCCUCUUCGCUGACGAUGACGCCCCGCACGACUCACCCUGGGAUAUGCCCACGCCUCGCAAGAAGCAGAGCCGUGCCGACCUCAUCCGCAACCUACUUCCUGGCAGCGAUGUGCCUGAUACCUAUAUCGAGACCUUCGAUACAGUGGUGCGUGAAGAUGGCAGUGGAGGUCAGGUCACCUCUGGAGGUGUCGCAAAGCUCUUCGCUACAGCCAGACUUGAUGCCGAUGCUCAAGCUCGCAUUAUGUCUUUGGUUGCUCCCGGAGCCGGGGAUGUCAUGCUAGGUCGAAACGAGUUCAACGUCCUACUGGCCCUGGUAGGCCUGGCACAGGAAGGCGAGGUCAUAGGCCUUGAUGAGGUUGAUGAGCGCCGAAAACGCCUUCCGCAACCCAAGCUCGCAGGGCUCACUGCAGAGCCCGUCCUGCCUCCAGUUGCUGAACUUUCUGCAAAACCUCCUCAAACUCCUCCCAAAGAUAAUCCUCCUCAACAACAACAAACUCCGCCAGCGCAGCAGCCUAAACAAUUGCGACCAGCCAUGGACGACCCUGAGGAAGAUCCCUGGAACAGCCCGGAUAUGCACAAGACCCAUGAUCACGGUCCCUCCAAGUCCAACGGCGCCCAGCGCAACAACACGAACGGCAAUGCAAGCUUCAGCCAAACACCCCCGACAACAGUAAUCGACGCUCCUCCUUUGACGCAUGUUGCAUCACCUCAGGUUGCCUCUCCAAAUAGCCGCCGACAACCCAGCAGCAGUUCGGUAGCGACACCAGGCGGAUGGGGAUAUUUCGAAGGAAAUACUCCCGUCAUAGGCGGCUUCGGAGAGUCACCGUCUGGCCCUAUUGCCAAUCCCUUCGGCGCCGCUCCUGAUGCGACACCCAACACACAACCUCCACCAGGUCUUCAACAUCAUGCGAGCAGUGGUAGAACCGGCCGCGGUGUUGAGGAAAAUGUUAUCGUGGUUCUUAUGCCAGAGAAGGAGGGCGUAUUCAUGUUCCAGCAUCAUAAUUAUGAAAUCUCGAGCUUGAGGCGCGGUAGCAAGGUUGUCCGCAGGUACAGCGACUUUGUCUGGUUGCUGGAUUGUCUGCACAAGAGAUACCCAUUCCGUAUCCUGCCGCUACUUCCGCCCAAGCGUGUAGGCGUAAAUGGCAGCCAUCUUUCAAAUGAUGGCGCUUUUAUUGAGAAGCGAAGAAGAGGUCUAUCGCGGUUCUUGAACGCUCUUGUUAGACAUCCUAUCCUGAGCCAGGAGCAGCUUGUUGUUAUGUUUUUGACCGUUCCCACACACCAGGAAUUAUCUGUGUGGCGCAAGCAGGCAACUAUCUCAGUUCAAGAUGAAUUCACCGAUCGAGCAUUACCACCCGGCCUGGAGGAUUCGCUGCCAGCUGAACUGGAGGAUCUCUUCUCUCGAACACGCAACGGUGUCAAGCGCUCUGCUGAGCUUUACAUUAACGUUUGUAACAUCAUGGAUCGUCUUGUUAAGCGAGCCGAGGGCGUGGCUGCAGACCAUGCUCGCAUUGCGCUCUCUUUGGCUUCUCUCACCGAAACUUCCGAGGAUACUUACGCCACGGAUACCAAUGAGGUUCCUCUACUCAAUGAUGGACUCAUCGCCAUGAGCAAGCACCUCAGGACAUGCCAGAGUCUGAUGGAGGAUGAGAGCCGUGGUUGGGAUGAGGGCGUGCUCGAGGAUCUGAAGCGCCAACGAGAUGCCCUUGUGAGUGUACGAGAAAUGUUUGAACGAAGGGAAAGAUUGGAUAAGGACAACAUUCCUUAUCUGGAGCGGAGGAUUCAGACCAAUGAAAGCAAGCUUGCAAGCUUGAGAGCUAAGCCAGAGGUCAAAGCUGGUGAAAUUGACAAAGAUAAGGAAUCAAUUGUCCAGCAGCACAAUCGAUCCAUCUUUGUCAAGGAGUGUAUCCGUGACGAACUAGUCAUCUUUCAAACUACUCAGUACCACGUCAGCAGAUGGAACCAGGACUGGGCCGGCGAGCGGGUCAAGUAUGCAGAGAUGCUUGCUGACAACUGGAGACGCCUGUUGGAUGAGCUUGACGGUAUGCCUCUGGGUGACUAG